AUGGCAGCAAAGCAACGAAAGACUACAUCGAAGACACAAAAGAAACAAAACAAAAAUUCUACCAGGAGUGAAAAAUCCAGUAAAGACGACUCUGUGAACGACACCACCUCAGCCUCAUCGUCACCUUCAGCACAGGCACGCUUCCUGUCACCAAUCAUCGCAAUGGUCUCCUUUGUUGCCUUGGCAGUUGCCAUUUACGUUGCCAACCAACAGCGUUCCGAAGCACCAAUAUACCCAACUGAACAUGUAAAUUCGCCGUCCAGGCCGUGGGAAUCAUCAUCAGCACCAACUCUCAAAACUCAGAAAUGGGCAGGCUUCAAUGGCCUUGCUUCCAUCACCAAGGCGUACCGGGUCUUGAAGAUGGUCGAUCACGAUCCCACAGCCUUUACUCAGGGCUUACAGGUACAUGGAAACGAACUUGUCGAGUCUGCGGGGAACUAUGGGGAAUCUCUGGUGCGAAUUUGGGAUCCCCACACUGGAAUUAUUUCCAAGGAGGCACCUGUGGACAAUCAGUAUUUUGCAGAAGGCCUGACUCACUAUCAGGACGAAGACGGCAAUGAUCGGUACAUUCUACUCACAUGGCAAGAAAAAACGGCAUUGAUUUAUGAUAUGGACUUGAAUGUCAUCAAUUCGUUUGUGUACGAAACAAAGACAAAGGAGGGCUGGGGAAUUACCUUUGAUCCAGUCCAAAAGAUAUUCUUUGUCAGCGACGGUUCCGCCUUGAUAUACAUCUGGAAUCUGAAGUUUGAAGAGAUUCAUAGAUUUCCAAUUUCCUACAAGGUAGAUCCAGCGACAGCAGACCGCAUAGAGGUUCCUUAUAUCAAUGAACUAGAAUGGGACGCCACGUUUGGUACCAUCAUGGCCAACGUUUGGUACCAAAAUGUGAUUCUUCGAAUCGAUCCUGCUCGAAACGGACAAGUUCUUCAGAUAUAUGAUUUGACAGAAUUAUAUGUCGAUCGAGCAAAGACUGCGGAUUGCUUGAACGGGAUUGCCCAUCAAGGAGGAAAUCAAUGGUGGUUGACGGGGAAAUGGUGGCCUCACUUGUAUCUCGUCGAGUUUUUGGAAUGA